AUGGAUGCAUUGAAUAGGAUACGAAUUUCAGAAUGGCAAUUAGGUGCUGCCGGUUGCAAGCUUUCCACUUGGAUCAAUUCGACCACAUCAUGCGCAUCAAUAUUCACAUUAGUGGCCGUGACCGCAGAUCGUUACCUAGCGAUUUGUCAUACGAUGAAUUAUGCGGUCUGGGAUUCAAGAUGGACACUGUAUGUGAUUGCUUGUAUUUGGAUCGUUAGUGGUCUUCUGGCUGCACCGACACUGGCCGCUUAUGAUGAAAUAUCGUUUGUACUAGACCCACCAAACGGAACACUUGUGGCCAGACUGUGUAUUUCGACGCGAGAUGAAACGUGGAAUUUCAUCGUCGUUAAUUUACUGCUUGCUUUCAUUGUUCCUUUCGCGUUAAUUUCUGUUUUCUAUACACUCAUCUUCAUCACCGUCUCGAAUCAUCGUAGUCUUGCGGUCGACGCUCAUAUUCGCGACGAGCGAGUUAAGCUCCGAGUUGCUCAUAUGAUGCUCACUGUGAUCAUUCUUUUCGCAUUCUGCUGGGUUCCACUAUACGGUAUCUACUGCUAUUUCUAUCUGUCAAAAGAUCACGAAACAUCAACAUUCCAGUUCGCAUCUCAAGUGCUACGACCCAUUUUCCAGUGGCUGUCACUGCUGUCCUCCUCACUGAAUCCAUUGAUCUAUAUUGCAUACAGUCAAAAAUAUCGACGUGCAUUCCGUCAGCUGCUUUUGAUGCCAUUCAGACGUCGUUAUGAACGUAUUCGUAAUGUUACACGAUCAACGUUGAGGUUACGAUUAGGCCCGGAAAGUGGGAAUGGCAGUGGGAACGGGGACGGCUUGGAUACGGGUGCACGUUUGCAUAUGAAUGGUCGUGCGAAAUCGGUUUGUGAAACUACACUCUCGCCGGUGACAGUCGUAUCAAAUAACAAGAAUAAUGCGCCCAGCACUAGGUCACAAAGUUUACGAGGACCUGCUUAUACGAUUACAGAGUUUUGA